AUGGCCUCAACGCCUUGGUUCAGGUUGCCGGCGACGUUCUGGAUAUUAGGCGCGUUUCCUUCGGCGGCCAUGACGGUUAACACGGAACAAGAUCACCACUCGUACGACGGGUACGUGCACUACGAUGACGCGUGUAUUGCGAAAACGUGCGGAAACACUCAGCGCGGAAACGGCGGUUACGAAUUCGUGCGUGUACGCAAAGGAAAACUUUGCACUUGA